AUUGCUACAUACAGCUCCAGUGUUUUGAUUCAGAAUUAGUUCAUAACGAAACAAAAGACAGAGUAAAUACUUUAGCUUCGUGACACAGAAAAUGGAGAGCAAUAGCAAUAGUAUGGCGGUGACCAAUCAGAGAAAGGCUUUUCAAGGAAUUCGAAUGGACAAUCCGUUUACUUUCAAAGUGUUUCAAAUUUUUACUGGCUUUGGCAUCGGUUGUGGUGUUGGAAUCGGAUAUGGUAGCCCUAUAAAUCUUGGUGCAAUUCCAAUGGUGAACCAAGUUAUGAGUGCAACAAGAGGAGCAACUGGUGCUUUUUCUGGUGUCAGCAGACAAGUAAAUGAUGCUCUAAGGAAGGUGGGCGCUAAGAACAUUCAAGCAGGCAUUGGAUGUGGAGUUGGAUUUGGCCAUGGUUUUGGAGUCGGCCUUGCUGUGAAGCCUAGUGCAAUACAUCAAGUUCAAUCCUGUCUUGUGCAAGCAGUGACAAAUUUGGCGAUGAAGUUUGGAAUGUCUCCCAAUCUGUCUGUUGGUCAAGGUGUCCUCCCAAUGUCUUUGCAAAGUGGCAUGGGAUUGACAAAUGAACCAUCAAAUCAAAACCCAAUGGGAGAUAUAAUGCAGUUGAGUGGUAAAAUUCCAGAGCCCACCUCUGUGCUUCCCGGCUACGGAAAUAUGGAUAAAGGGUCAACAUUUGAAAAGAUAGCAUAUGAAAGUACUCCAGUUGACACAUCUUUUGGCAGAACCGAAAAAGUUCUCAGUAGUUUUCUACAAAAUCCAGUUUUAAAGGAAGAGCGCACUGACAUAAAUGAAGUGACAAGGCGUUUGCGUUCUGAAAACAACUUGCUUCAGAUGGUAUUGAAACAUCAGCAAGUCAUUGAGGAACUUAUGCAGGAGAAUGAAAAGCUACGUGAAAUCCUUGUAAAAGACUUGAAAAUACCUCCAAGCAACCUCCAAGCUAGUUACUCCAGUAGAAAUAAACCUACAUGUACUGAUUGUUUCGAGUGCCGAAGAAAACAAAGAAAAAGAUAGAUGCACAGUUCAAUAAAUUGAAAGAAGAGACUCCAGUAAAGCGCCACACCACAAGAAUCUUAACUGAUGCCCCUUUUGGCCAAGGUGUUUUGAACCUUUGGUUGGAUUCAAAACUUUACUCUGUAGCCAGCAGGAUCAUUUUCAUGGUUUGCCGGUGGUAUUGAUAACGAAACUAAUUUAGUAUAAGACAAACUAGUGAAGAUGAUUAAUAUACAAACGGGUGCAGCCGAAAAUCAUUCGAGGAAGUAAUGUAACAUUUUAUUUUGAGUUUCCGUGUAAAGCAAAGAAGAGUGAAUUUUGACGGACUUUAAUUUUCAGUUUCAUUCAUUCAUGUGAGUGUGAAGAUUUGUGUUGUUUUAACUCUCAUGUAGUUGAUGAUGUCAGGCCUUUUGUUGAUCA